UCUCAUAGUCAUAAUUCUUCCAAAGUCAUUCCACUUUCUCUCUACGGCCAUCCCUCCCUCACUCCCUCCGGCUCCCUCCCUCCUUCCCUCCACCACCGGAUCUGCAACAAACCUAAUCAGGCGGACGACCAUGCCAGUCUCGACGGCGACGUAUUGGUGCUACAGCUGCGUCCGCCUCGUCACCGCCCUGCCUCGCGUCGGCGACGGCGGUGGGCCUGUCUCCUGCCCCUACUGCGACGGCGGGUUCAUCGAAGAAUUGGAAGCGGGGGCGGCGUUGCCGGGCCGUCAUUCGUCCGUCAAUCCCCGCCGCCGAUUAGAUUCUCUGUCCGAAGACGAUCCUCAUCCGGAUCGCGACGUUAGCGUCAGGCCUCGCCGGCGGAGGGCCAACGGCGGCGGCGACCGGUCGCCGUUCAACCCCGUCAUCGUCCUGCGCGGGACCGCCAGCCCCGAUGCCGAGACUAGCGCCUUCGAGCUCUAUUACGACGACGGGGCCGGAUCAGGCCUCCGGCCGCUGCCGGCGACGAUGUCGGAGUUCCUAAUGGGCUCGGGGUUUGACCGGCUGCUUGAGCAGCUUGCGCAGCUGGAGCUGGCCGGGAUCGGGCUCGGUCGGUCGGAGAACCCGCCCGCGUCCAAGGCCGCAGUGGAGUCUAUGCCGACGGUCGAGAUCGGCGCCGGCCACGUGGUCGCCGAGCUGCACUGCGCCGUCUGCAAGGACGCGUUCGAGCUCGGGGCGGAGGCGAGGGAGAUGCCGUGCAAGCACAUGUACCACGCCGACUGCAUCUUGCCGUGGCUCGCGGUGCGGAACUCGUGCCCAGUGUGCCGCCACGAGUUGCCGCCGGCGCCGGAAGACUCCUCGGCUGCGGACCAGGAGGCGGUGGGGAUGACGAUAUGGAGGCUCCCGGGAGGGGGAUUCGCGGUGGGGAGCUUCAGGAGAGGCGGCGGAGCAGACAGGGAGAGGGAAUUGGAACUGCCCGCGGUUUUCACGGAAAUGGACGGCGGGUUCGAGAACGGAGCUCCGAGGAGCAUGUACUGGGGGCUGAGGAGGAGUAGGAACAGAGAGAGAGGCGGGCUCGGGAGGUUAGUGAGGAAUAUCAUUAAUCUCUUCGGGAGAUCAAGAAACAAUUACCCGGAGCGCGAUUCCGGGUUGAUGAGGAGGACUCGGAGCGUUUCGAGCUCGCGUUCGGUGAUCGGGAGGUUCGUCAGACGGCGGAGCAGAAGAUCUUGGGUCAUGGAGGAUUAGAAUUUGAUGUCGGAACGAAUUACUUUUUUGUUUUUUCCUCUCUUUUUAAUGGGUUUUAAGUCGUGAUGAGUGGCAGAUAAUUUAAUUCAUUUGUAGAUGAAGCAGAUUCAAAAAACGUAAUUGUAUAUAUGGAAUAGAAUGAGAUGCAAACCUUUUUCAGGAG